GGCAUAUCUGAUUCGUAAUAAAAGUUCGGUUUCCUAAUAUGAUCUAUCAACAUGUAAAUACCAUUUUUAUCUUCAAUCACAACACGCGGAGUGAUUUCCACAAUCGAUAUUGAAGAACAGGGACCGGGAAGCCGGGUAGGAGGCCCGGAGCGGUGAGGACUCCCAGAAUCUCACUCCGCACUGGCCGAAUUGCCAAGUAGACGUAGCGUCAUCGAAUCCAUGUCACCAUGCAGGCAUUCGGGACAAAGAAAUCAUGUCAAAUAGAACCUAAACCUCCACAUUUAGAAGAGAAUUCGGUCCCUCACCCUUUGUCCAAGUCUGCUUCCCUAAUGCACUGACAUAGCGUAGCCUCGAUGUUGUCUUCGUUGGUAGCGGCUCUAUUAGCGCCGCCCGUCGCAUCUGCGGCUUCGGGUUAUGUGCAAUCACCACCAGUUUUCCCCUCCCCAUCCGGGAAAGGUGUAGGUGUGUGGGCAGGCGCAUACGAGAGUGCCCGUGAAUUCGUAGCUCAGAUGACACUAGAAGAAAAGGUCAACAUCACGCGCGGUUUCGCCGUUGGCGAUAAUACUUGUGCUGGUAAUACAGGAACUGUACCCCGGCUAGGAUGGCCGGGCAUGUGUCUUCACGAUGCCGGAAACGGAGUCAGGGCUACCGAUCUAGUUAAUUCAUACCCGUCGGCAAUUCAUGUCGGCGCUAGUUGGGAUAGGAACUUGACGUACGAAAGAGCCUAUUACAUGGGACAGGAGUUUAAGGCAAAGGGAAUCAAUGUUCUGCUUGGACCUAAUGCUGGUCCUCUGGGACGAAGCCCCUUAGGCGGGAGAAAUUGGGAGGGUUUUUCGGUUGACCCGUAUUUGUCUGGACAAUUGAACGCCGACACAAUUGUUGGUCACCAAGAUGCUGGUGUAAUUGCAAACAUCAAGCACUUCAUUGCAAAUGAACAAGAAACCUACAGGCGGCCAUAUUUUGGCGUCGAGGCAGUUUCCGCUAAUAUCGACGACAAAACUCUCCAUGAAUUUUACCUCUGGCCAUUUAUGGAUGGCGUGAGAGCCGGUGUGGCCUCGGUUAUGUGUUCAUACAACCGAAUCAACAGCACGUAUGCAUGCGAGAACAGUAAAUUACUGAACGGAGUCCUCAAAUCAGAUCUCGCAUUUGACGGAUUCGUACUCCUUGACUGGAACGCCCAACACAAUCUCGAGAGUGCGAACGCAGGACUGGAUAUGCUCAUGCCCGGUGGUGGGUUUUGGGGAAACAACUUAACCCAGGCUGUUCACAACGGAUCUGUUACUGAGGACAGAGUCACUGAUAUGGCAACUAGGAUUUUGGCUGCUUGGUACUUCGUUGGCCAGAAUGGCACCAACUUUCCGGUUCCAGGUAUUGGGAUGAAAAAUCUCACUAAACCACAUGCACAAGUAGAUGCGCGUGUCCCUGAGUCAAACGCGGUGAUAUUAGAAGGUGCGAUAGCCGGACAUGUUCUAGUGAAGAAUGAUGGCUCCUUACCAUUCAAGAAGAAGCCGGUUAUGUUAUCGGUCUAUGGGUAUGAUGCGACGGUUCCCGAUACUAAGAAUACGGAUAAUCUCUUCCAAUUGGGUUAUACUUCCUCUCCUGAGAUGGGCCAAGCAGUGUUAGGCACUGAAAGACAUUUUGACCAAGCUGCGAAAGGGGGCACAAUUAUCACAGGUGGAAGAGCUGGCGCUAACGGCCCAGCUUAUAUCGAUGAUCCGUUGAGUGCUAUUCAACAUAGAGCAAAGGCCGAUGGCACUUGGGUUAAUUGGGAUUUAAUCUCACCUAACCCUGAUGUGAAUGCAGCAUCGGAUGCUUGUUUGGUUUUCAUCAACGCCAUCGCGACAGAAGGGUGGGAUCGAGAUGGACUCCACGAUGAUUUCAGCGACGGGCUCGUCCUCAACGUGGCUUCCAAGUGUAGCAACACCAUUGUUGUGAUCCAUGCCUCAGGAGUGCGCCUCGUUGACCAAUGGAUCGAACACCCAAAUGUCACCGCUACUAUCAUUGCCCACCUACCUGGUCAAGAUAGCGGGGAAGCUCUGGUCAAACUUCUCUAUGGAGAAGCUGGUUUCUCAGGAAAGCUUCCUUACACGUUAGCUAAGAACGAAAGUGACUACGCAGUCUACUCUCCUUGUGGCAGAGGUCCAUCUAACUCUACAGACCCACAAUGCGACUUCACCGAGGGCGUAUAUGUCGACUACCGCCAUUUCGAUGAGAAGAAUAUCGCACCUCGUUAUGAAUUUGGCUAUGGACUAUCAUAUACGACGUUUAAUUAUUCUUCGCUUGCGCUUGAGCAGUUAGGACUUAAUUCUGAGGCUCGGAGCGCGUCUAUUCCAAGUAACGCCGAUAGCUUGUGGGAAGUUGUGGCUACGGUGAACGUGACAAUCACCAAUUCAGGGGCUGUAGCUGGCGCCGAAGUAGCCCAACUCUAUCUCGGCAUACCAAACAGCCCUCCAAAGCAGUUACGUGGCUUUGAUAAGGUCAAUCUUCAGCCGGGCGAAUCGGCUGAAGUUACCUUUGAGCUUACAAGGAGAGAUUUUAGCGUUUGGGAUGUCGUUACCCAGGGUUGGGCCGUACAGGACGGUGACUACGAUGUAUAUGUUGGAGCAAGUAGUCGAGAUAUUAGAUUGACUGAUAGUAUUUCUAUUUAGUUGGUAGCAAUACACUCAAACAUAAACAUCUUAA